AUACGUUUUCACACGAUACGCGAUGCCGAUGGCGGCGAUUCACGGCUAUCAAAAUCUGGGUGUCGAUCAAAAACUGACGCACCUGCAAACGCCUACACCGAGGAGACUUGCGCCGGCUCCAGUUGACACGACCCGCUGCAAGAAGAGAUCUUAUCUUCAUCAGCCGUACCCAACCCAGCCUGCUUCGGUGGCCCGGAGGAAUGCGCGAGAGCGGAAUAGAGUGAAACAAGUCAACAACGGAUUUGCGGCACUCCGACAACAUAUUCCCUCAGCUGUGACGGCUGCUCUUGCUGGCGGCAGAGGUUCCUCCCGAAAAUUAAGCAAGGUAGAUACUUUACGGCUCGCAGUAGAGUACAUUAAAAGCCUGAAGAGGCUUUUAGAUGAAAGCGAUGAUGGAUGUUCAGAUACCCAAUUAGGGCUUGGAUUAUCUACGACAGGCUCGCAAACGCCACCAUCAUCGGAAGAAUCUCAUUCUCCAGCCCCUUCAUUCGUGUCUGAAAGUUCUGCAGGGCCUAAUUGUCAUGACGUAUACGAUGCCUACGAACCCAUGAGUCCAGAAGACGAGGAAUUACUUGAUGUCAUAUCGUGGUGGCAACAACAGUGACAAAGGGAACGAGCCUUGCAGUGAACAAAGUGGGGCCAUUGAGCGGCGAUUGGUGAUUAUGAAAAAAACGAGUAUUCCUCAAGGGAGACCCGAUGGAGCGCGAGGGACUCCGAGAGAGCCUCUAAUUAAGCGUAAUCAGUAUAUUCCUAAUGAGUGGGGAUAAUGGUGG